AGAAAAUGAAAUAAAAUAAAAUUCAAAAUCCAGAAAAUUUUGGCAGUGGGCCCCACCUAGCCGCUUGCUACCAGUCUUUCACCUCCAUUUGCAUAAACUCCAUUCUGCAAUCUUCCAGAGCUCUCCCUCUCUCCUCCAAAUUUUGCAGAGCCCAAAAUCCUCCGAACCCUAUAAUUUUCCGGCGACUGUGAUCGGCGUUUCUCCGUCUCCGGUAACGAUGUUGCAGUUCUUCUUCACACUGGCUUUCUCCGCAGUUCCUUUGACUCUCUACGUUCCGCCACUCCGGAGCUUGAAUCUCUUCGUCGAGACCAUGGAAGAGAUACUUCGGGAGUCUAGAACGUACACCAAUCGGGUGUAUCCGCGAGCUCGGCAUGUUUGGUUGAGGGUUUUGGACUGUGUUCUUUGCAGCACCAGGUAGAUAUUUCUCUAGAUUUCGAAGUUCACAACUCCGAUCUCAGUGUACAUAUUCUUUGAUUUCUUUUCGAUUUACUUCUUCUUCUUCUUCUUCUUCUUGCGAUGAUGAUGAUGGUGAGAUUUGGAUGUGUGGUUGUGAUGCUGAUGUAGUUGCGGAAUUCUGUUAUAAAUUGCUGAAUAUAAGAGGAUGUGUUUCUGGUUAAUUCCAGAAAAAUAAGGAGAUGAUGUCUAGUUAAUAUACGCGCAGAGAUGCUCUGUUUCUCUCUUUGCAUUCAA